AUGUGGGAAGAGGGGCAGCCUGUCAUUGAGGGGUCAGAGCCUGAGGAAGAGCAGGGUAAGGAGGGCAUCCCUGGAGAGAGAUGGCCUGGCGUGGGGUAUCAAAACCCGCAGUGCAGUCAAGAGUAUAUCCACACAGUGGAGUAUACAUUUUCGGACAACUCGGUAGUGGCCACUGCGCAGACCAGACUUCGCUCGUUUUCGUGCGCCUCGCUCCGCUUUUCCUCCGCAACCAUGUUUGACAAACCCGAUAUGACUGAGAUCGAGAAAUUCGAUAAGUCGAAACUGAAGAAGACAGAGAUGCAAGAGAAAAAUCCACUGCCUUCCAAAGAAACGACUGAACAGGAGAAGCAAGCAGGCGAAUCGUAAUGAGGCGUGUGCCGCCAAUAUGCACUGUACAUUCCACAAGCAUUGCCUUCUUAUUUUACUUCUUUUAGCUGUUUAACUUUGUAAGAUGCAAAGAAGUUGGAUCAAGUUUAAAUGACUGUGCUGCCCCUUUCACAUCAAA